GCCGGUUGACCGCGUCUAGUCGCAUUUAUCGUGGUCGCGCGCGGUCGUAUGUGACCAUGGCAUCGACAAAAUACAUCGCGCUUGUUCUUUUGUUUAUUGCAAGUGCCUCGUGCAAAUCACCAUGUACGUUACCUUAUUUUGUUUUCAUUUAAGUAUUGUAUUUUUAUCGUAUUAUACUACUAUAUUAUACUGUGCGUGUGUGUUCGAAAUGUACGAAAAAUAUUACAUUUGGCAAAUGUGAUUUAUGUAUGUAGGUACUUACUUACGUAGUUGGAAAAUAAGGUACUCUUAAAAAAUAUUUAAUAUUGUUGCUGUGCUAUGGAAGUUAUAAUAUUUUGAAGAACAAUUAAGCUUCACUUAAAUAUUAUAAUACUUAAAAAAUAGUGAUCUGAAACUAACAUUUACUGAAUAAAAUAUGUGUACCAAAACAACACCUCAAAGCUUGCGAGGAAAUGCUGCAAGUAGAAACAAAAAGCAAAGUUGCAUUAGAAUGUAUCCCAGCUAGAGACAGAAUGGAGUGUUUGAACCAUGUACAGCAAAGACAGGCUGAUUUCGUGCCCGUAGACCCUGAGGAUAUGUACGUGGCUACGAAAAUACCAAACCAGGACUUCAUUCUCUUCCAGGAGUACAGAACUAAGGAUGAACCUGACGCGGAGUUCCGUUACGAAGCUGUAAUCGUGGUGCACAAGGAUCUGCCAGUAAACAACUUGGACCAGUUGAAAGGCCUGAAGUCUUGCCACACCGGGGUCAACAGAAACGUGGGCUAUAAGAUACCUCUGACUAUGCUGAUGAAGCGUACCGUAUUCCCCAAGAUGAAUGACUACAGCAUAUCACCCAAAGAGAAUGAAUUGCGGGCUCUUUCUACUUUCUUUUCGCAAUCGUGCAUCGUGGGCAAAUGGUCGCCAGAUCCGAAGACGAAUAGCGCUUGGAAGGCACAAUACAGGCAACUAUGUUCUCUUUGCGAACAUCCGGAUAAAUGUGACUACCCAGACAACUACAGUGGUUAUGAAGGAGCUCUAAGAUGUUUGGCUCACAAUGGCGGUCAGGUUGCCUUCACCAAAGUCAUCUAUGUUCGCAAAUUCUUCGGGCUCCCGGUCGGAACUAUCCCAGCUAGUACGUCAAACGAAAACCCCGAUGAUUUCGCGUACCUCUGCGCUGAUGGGUCUAAGGUACCCAUCAGGAGCACGGCUUGCUCGUGGGCCGCGAGACCUUGGCAGGGCCUGAUGGGCCACAACGAUGUACUAGUCAGGAUAUCACCGCUGAGGGAGAAGAUAAAGCAACUCUCAGAAAUUGGACUCGCAAGCAAGCCGGAAUGGUUCACUAAAGUAUUGGGACUCUCCGAGAAGAUCAACCACGUAGCAAGAAAUGUGCCCAUCAAGCCAGUGGACUAUUUGAAGAAAGCCAACUACACGGAGGUCAUUGAACGCGGCCAUGGACCACCGGAACCCGUCGUCAGGUUGUGCGUGACAUCUAAUGUAGCACUGGCCAAGUGUCACGUCAUGUCCGUAUUCGCAUUCAGCCGUGACAUCCGUCCAAAACUCGACUGCGUUCAAGAAGCCUCCGAAGCGGACUGUUUGAAGAGCGUUCAAGAUAACGGCUCCGAUCUAGCUUCAGUAGACGACUCAAGAGUGGCAGCCGCAGCCAAUAAAUAUAAUCUACAUGCAGUCUUCCACGAAGUGUAUGGAGAAAAGAAAACAGCGAAAUACGCUGUAGCUGUCGUUAAGAAGGGAACAACGUAUAACAAAAUUGACGACUUGAGGGGAAAGAGGUCCUGUCACAAUCCUUAUGGAACCUUCAGCGGUCUAGAUGCGCCGUUGUUCUACCUCAUCAACAAGAAGAUCAUCAAAUCAGACCAGUGCGUCAAGAAUUUCGCUGACUUCUUCUCAGGCGGAGUAUGUCUACCAGGUGUGGAUAAAGCUGAAAACAAUCCCAGAGGUGACAACGUAGCCAAUUUGAAGAAACAAUGCUCUGGGGAUAACAGUCCGUCUAAGUGUCUCGAAGAAAAUCGCGCCGAUGUUGCCUUUGUUUCAAGUACCGACUUAUCCAACUUCGAUACAUCACAAUACGAUCUCCUUUGCCUAAACCGGGAAUCCGGUGGACGCGACGCACUCACCAACUAUGCCACAUGCAACAUCGCUAUGGCCCCCUCAAGGACCUGGAUGUCCGCCAAAGACUUUUUAGCUGAUGUCUCCAUAGCCCACACACCGUUGAGCUUGGCCGAACUUUUGGACGAAUCUCCCGAUUUGUUCAAUAUUUACGGGGAAUUCUUGAAGAAUAACAACGUUAUCUUUAAUAAUGCUGCAAAGGGAUUGGAAACUACAGAGAAAUUAGACUUUGAAAAAUUCAAAACAAUCCAUGAUGUCAUCAGGAACUGUGGAAUUGCUUAAUAUUUUAAAUUAAAUUAAACAUUUGUAAAGUUAAUUACUAACAGUUUUGUAAGGUUGAAGAAAAGUCUGAUGUUUAAAUAGCUUGAUCUUUAUUUAUCACUUAUAAAGAUGAAAUGAAAAUAAAUAUUAAC